AAGAGAAAAGAAAAGAAAGAUGAUGAGCAAUUCCACUUUCUUUUUUAAACGCCAAAAGGUAGCAUUGAAACUUUUGUAAAUACAGUUCUGAUGUUAACGAAAUUUUAUUGGGAAUCAAAAUGAGACAUUACUAAAUCUUAUGGGGCUAGAAUAAUCCAUCCAUUUCCCUUUCCUCCUCACCUAAAUAACCACCAUCCUUUAUCUCCCUUGUAAUUUAGCACCUAAGGUAAUGAUGCUAUCCUACUAGUGUUAGAGGCAUACACUGAUACGCAGGAGAGAGAGGAAGAGAAAUUGACUGUUGGCUUUUACCUUGCAAUACUGUGCUGGGGCUAUAUUAUUUUUUUAUAUUUUCUAGCCUUUUUGUUGUUUUGUGUCAGGGAGGAGUGAGUGUUUCAGAAUCAGAUAGGCCCUCCUUUUCACUUGUUAAGGGAGUAAUUAUUGCUCUCAACUCACUGUGGAUUCCAUUUCAAUGGUGCUUCUUAGAAAGGUGGUUUUCUUGGGCUCUAAUGCAUACUCUUUCUGAUAACAAAUCUUUUGGUGGCCAACAUUAGUUGAACUUUGGUCUUACUUUAAGGAAAUAUGAAAUUUGGAUCAAAGAAUGGAUGGAAAUCCAUCAUGCCCCUUCGUUUGAAAGGCAAAUCAGCCACCCGCUUUUGUUUGUUUCCCAAACCAAGAUCAGCAAACUAUGGUCCAGGCGAUACACCAGUUUAUCUCAAUGUGUAUGACUUGACACCCAUGAAUGGCUAUGCCUAUUGGGCAGGCCUCGGCAUCUUUCACUCUGGUGUGGAAGUUCAUGGUGUAGAAUAUGCAUUUGGAGCACAUGACUACCCAACAAGUGGUGUUUUUGAGGUUGAACCUCGGCAGUGUCCAGGGUUCAAGUUCAGGAAGUCCAUUUUUAUCGGGACCACAUGCCUGGAUCCUAUUCAGGUUAGGGAAUUCAUGGAGCGGCAUGCUGCAAGAUAUCAUGGUGAUACAUAUCACUUGAUUGUUAAGAAUUGCAACCAUUUCUGCAAGGAUGUAUGUUACAAGCUGACUGGGAAAUCAAUUCCAAAGUGGGUAAAUCGACUUGCGAAAAUAGGUUCAACGUGCAACUGCAUACUUCCUCAGUCCCUUAAAAUAUCUGCUGUGCGACAUGACCCCUGCGGCCAACCUUAUGACAGUGAGAGGAGAAGGUUGAGAACCGCAUUUAGUUGCCUGUCUUCAAUCUCAAUGCGACAAAAGCAGCUGUCAACAUCUUCGUUAUUGCUACAAUCGCCGUUGAAAGGCUGCUUACCAUGGGAAUUGAGAAGGUCUAUGAAUGGUUCCUUAAAAGAAAGAUGAAAACUACGUACUUCCCGAACGGUUUCUUUAGCAUCCAUUGAGGCAUUGAUACCUAUGCGUAGUGAUUGGCGACCAAAUCCUAUAUGGUUAACUGGUGGGUUUGUUCAAAUGAAUGGUUUUUGUAUGUGGUGAUUUUAGCACUAUUCUGCUGUUGAAAACCAUUAAAAUGCUAAUUAAAUUCUCCCCAGUCUGAGAAGAAGCCAGAUAACCAUUGGAGCACCCUUGUGAGUAGUGAGUUGUGCUUGAUCUUUUUUUAAUGUCAAUGGCCAUUUUUUGGCAGGCACAUUUAUUGGUAUAAUGUUCGUUCAGUUUGUAUAUACAACUGCCAUUUUGCGCGCUA